UUUCUCCCAAAGCUGCUGGGCCUCCCGUGUUCUGCCCGUGUCUGUCUGUUCUGACUCCAGAUCAUCAGAUUCCCCCUGCUUCCCUGUGUAGCCAGCAAGGCAGACAUGAAUGUGCCUGUUUUACGGAUGGGAAUACUGAGGCCCAGAGGGCUGGUGUGCAGCAGAGCCACAUGAGUUCCUGGAAAUCCUCCAGUUAGUUCCCAAUAAGGCUGCACGGAGGACCCCCUUGACCGUGGCAAUGGAGGGGGGCCCAGCGGUCUGCUGCCAGGAUCCGCGGGCAGAGCUGGUGGAGCGAGUGGCAGCCAUCGAUGUGGCCCGCUUGGAGGAGGCAGAUGGUGGCCCGGGGCCUGCCAGGAACGGUGUGGAACCCCCACCACGGGCCAGAGCUGCCUCCAUGAUCCCCGGCAGUGCUUCAGGACUCCCCCUACCCCGACCCAGCCUCUCCACCAGGAAGCUGUCCCUGCAGGAGCGGCCAGCAGGAAGCUGCCUGGAGGCCCAAGCUGGGCCUUACACCACGGGGCCUGCCAGCCACAUCUCCCCACGGGCCUGGCGGAGGCCCACCAUCGAGUCCCACCGCGUGGCCAUCUCGGAUGCAGAGGACUGUGUGCAGUUGAACCAGUACAAGCUGCAGAGUGAGAUUGGCAAGGGUGCCUACGGCGUGGUGCGGCUGGCCUAUAACGAAAGUGAAGACAGGCACUAUGCAAUGAAAGUCCUUUCCAAAAAGAAGUUACUGAAGCAGUAUGGCUUUCCACGUCGCCCUCCCCCGAGAGGGUCCCAGGCUGCCCAAGGAGGACCAGCCAAGCAGCUGCUGCCCCUGGACCGGGUGUACCAGGAGAUCGCCAUCCUGAAGAAGCUGGACCACGUGAAUGUGGUGAAGCUGAUCGAGGUCCUGGAUGACCCAGCUGAGGACAAUCUCUAUUUGGUGUUUGACCUCCUGAGAAAGGGGCCGGUCAUGGAGGUGCCCUGCGACAAGCCCUUCCCGGAGGAGCAAGCUCGCCUCUACCUGAGGGACAUCAUCCUGGGCCUUGAGUACUUGCACUGCCAGAAGAUCGUCCACAGGGACAUCAAGCCGUCCAACUUGCUCCUGGGGGACGACGGACACGUGAAGAUCGCCGACUUCGGCGUCAGCAACCAGUUUGAGGGGAACGACGCCCAGCUGUCCAGCACGGCCGGCACCCCGGCGUUCAUGGCCCCCGAGGCCAUCUCCGAUACCGGCCAGAGCUUCAGUGGGAAGGCCUUGGAUGUGUGGGCCACGGGGGUCACACUGUACUGCUUUGUCUAUGGGAAGUGCCCGUUCAUCGAUGACUACAUCCUGGCCCUGCACAGGAAGAUCAAGAAUGAGGACGUGGUGUUUCCUGAGGAGCCAAAGGUCAGCGAGGAGCUCAAGGACCUGAUCCUGAAGAUGCUAGACAAGAAUCCCGAAAGGAGAAUUGGGGUGCCAGACAUCAAGUUGCACCCGUGGGUGACCAAGAACGGGGAGGAGCCCCUCCCCUCAGAGGAGGAGCACUGCAGCGUGGUGGAGGUGACCGAGGAAGAGGUGAAGAACUCGGUCAAGCUCAUCCCCAGCUGGACCACAGUGAUCCUGGUGAAGUCCAUGCUGAGAAAGCGUUCCUUUGGGAACCCAUUUGAGCCCCAAGCACGGAAGGAAGAGCGCUCCAUGUCUGUCCCAGGAAACUUACUGUUGAAAGACGGGUGUGGUGAAGGCAUCAAGAGCCCGGAGCUCCCUGGUGUCCAAGAAGACGAGGCUGCGUCCUGAGCCCCUGCAUGCGCCCAGGGCCACCCAGCAACACGCUCAUCCUGCGCCUCCAAAGGCCCCUGCACUCAUGCCGACAGCCGCCCCUGCGAGCAGGGGGCUGGGGACUGUGGACCCUCUCCUGGCUCCCCUCCCCCCGUCAUGCUGCAUGACCUCUGCGCGUGUCCGAGACAGGAUUGGAAUGUGUGUCAUCUGGGGUUUGGUGGGCAGGGCUCCCUCGAGCCUUUCUCCUUGUCUUGGCUCUCCCCGUGGAACCCACAUUGUGGGGAAGGUAGGUACGCUUGGUGCCUUAGGAACCCCACAUGGCUCAUCGGCAAGGCCCAGAGGCAGGAGACGAGAAACCGAGAUGGCAGGAGGAGGCCCGGCUUACCACCACUGCAGAGACCUCCCGCCGGGGCUGGGCAGGCCAGGCUCAGCUGCCACGCACAUGGAGGGGGGUACCCUGCCACCUUGGGGGGGCGUUGCCAGAGCUUGAGUCUGCUGAGAACACUGGUAUGGAGUCUCUGAGUCUUUGAUGGGUAUUCCGGGGCCUCACUGGGGCAGGGGCCAGUAUUGGAGAAUUCAGAUUCUCGUUCUGUUGUCUUUUACUUUUGUUUUUUAUAUGGGGGCAAGGGGCUACACAGACCUGCUUGGGAACAGCACAUGACCUCUCCGAAGCUGUGGGCGGUUCCUAGUGCAUCCCACCCUUACGUGCAGCCAGGUGAGCUGAACUGACCUUGCCGGAUUGUGUUUCACACCCAGCACUAGCCAAAGAAAGGGCUGAAUUCAACUCUCAGCAGAGACCUGAGCCAGGAGCACCACGUCUUCCCUGCCCGCAUCACUCCCUCUGUGGCUCCUCAGAGCCAUGGCGGCAGAAGAGGCACCAGGGACCGACAUGGCCUGAGAGCCCUGGACUCACAGGGCCAUGGCCUUGCAGAUGCUGAAGUAACUGGAACCCAGUCUCCAAUCCUACACCGGCCUCCCCAUCUGGCCCCAGAAGCUGCCCUCACAUUCCUACGCUGAAGGACAAACUGCCCACGGUGAAGGCCGCCCUAGAGUGGGGCCUUUGUGGGGCGUGCAUGCUGGCAGGCAGCCAUGGAGCGGCAGGCCUUCUGCCACUGCCUCACCCCAGGACAGUCACCAUCCAGCCUGCCCCGAGCUGGAGGGCUGGACUGUGUGUGUCGACCGGGCCAGGCUGGGGCAGACAUCUCUCUGGGACUCUGAUGGCGUGAUGUUCGCUGACCAAAUGCUCAAGAGACUGGCCUCCAAAGGACAGCAAAGCAGGACUCAUCAGAUACCUCCCCUGAGAACGUGGGCCAAACAAGCGGGUACAGUGGCGGGCGUGGGCUUCAUCUCGCAAGAGGACUUGUGCCGAGAGGGGAGGGAGGCCGGGCCGGAGGGGGGUCCCUCCUGCGCAUCUCCGUGCCUGUGGGUGUCCGUCGCGCCUCCGCACACACGCAUGUGCGUGCCCAUCCGCUGCACAGCACACUCGCAUGUCUUGCACUGGCACAUGCAUCUGUAAUAUAGUUUCUAUGUCUAUUUAAGACUAUGAGCAGCACGUGGCCCGUCAUCAAUGGGUCCACGUUUCUCCCUGGCUCCUCUCCGCUAAGGCAUCGUAACCAGGGCUUAGGAAACAUUCGGCACUGUUUUUAAGAACACGGUCGUAGAGUUGGUGGGAGGCCGGUCACCGACCCGCAAGCUUUGGUUGAGCAUCUCUGCGCUGGGGCCUGGCGGGUGGGGCCUCAAGGGGGCGACGUCCAUCGGACUUGCCCUGGCAGAGCUCCAAGGUGAGCCUGGCAUUGUUGGCCAGGGCACAGCCUGGAUGGCGUGCCGACCCCGCCGCCGUGGGUUGGGGUUGGCAUCGUUUCUGAACGUAGCACAAGUGAUGAAUAGACUCCAUAAGAGUGUUUUAAAAGUUAACUUCUCAGGAAGUGAGUUAAAAACAUUAAAAGCCCUUUCUUGAGUUAAAACAACA